AUGUCUGGUGGAAUUUUCUCUCCCUUGGAGAACCUGUGUGACUUGGACAAUGCUAACUGCCACCCACUGGUGUGUUUUCUGUGCCACGAGCAAUAUGAACAUCCCUGCCUCCUGGAUUGUUACCACAACUUCUGUGCCAGCUGCCUGAGGGGCCGAGCCAUUGACAGUCGCCUCACAUGUCCUCUCUGUGGACACCAGUCCAUUGUGAAAGGGAGCGGCCUGCCCCCUGAGGACCGGCUCCUCAAGUUCUUGGUGGACAGCUCAGGGGAUUGUGAGGAGGAAGCACAGUGUGCGAAUUGUGACCUUCAGUGCAAGAAGCAGGAAUUGGACACCAUGUAUUUCUGCAAUACUUGCAACCAGCCCCUCUGUGCCAAAUGCCGUGAGGACACCCAUAAAGCCAAGAUGUUCUCCCGCCAUGAGAUCGUCUCAUUGACCAAGCGCACCAAAGACAUCCACAAGAAAUGCCCACUUCAUGAAGAGCUCUACAUCAUGUUCUCCACGGAGAAAAAAUCCAUGCUGUGCAUUAACUGCUUCCGGGACAUGCCAGUGGAGAGCAGAGCACACUGCAUUGACAUUGAGACGGCCUACAUGCAAGGCUGCGAGAAGCUGGACCAGGCCGUGAUGGCUGUGAAAGAGCUGCAGACUUCCACGCGAGAGGCCAUCGUGCUCCUCAAAGCGAUGAUCGAGGAGGUGCGCAACAGUGCGGAUGAAGAGGAGACAGCCAUCAACUCGCUCUUCAGUAACAUGCAGGACAGGCUGGCAGAAAGGAAGAAGAUGCUUUUAAAAGUGGUCCAGAGCCAGUACGAAGAAAAAGAGAAGGCCUUCAAGGAGCAGCUAACCCACCUGGCAUCCCUGUUGCCCACUCUCCAGGUCCAUCUGGUGACCUGUUCUGCUUUCCUGAGUUCUGCAAACAAAGCUGAAUUCCUGGAUUUAGGCUAUCAAUUAAUGGAGAGGUUGCAGAAAAUUGUCAAGCUUCCCCAUCGGAUGAGGCCCUCCCAAACAAGCAAGAUCAACACCGAAUACAGAGCCGAGUUUGCACACUGCCUGGAGCCCCUGCUGCUCCUCACUCCACGUCGCUCGGUUGUGGUGAACGGAGGGAGCAUUGGGCCUGGGAUGAGCAACGGAAACAUGAUGUCCGGAGGCCCUUGUUCCAAGACCCUGAUGGUGUCCAGCUGCCCUUCUGCUUGUGAAAAGAUGUCUCUGACAGGCUCUGUUGUCCGGAAGCCAACGAUGCACCGUUAUAUCAGCACCAAGGUCUUGCUGGCUGAGGGCGGAGACACAUCAUUCACGGAGCACUGCCGCAACUACGAGAAUAUGUACCGGGUCCUCCAGACAGAGAUUCAGAACCUGAAGGAUCAAGUGCAGGAGCUCCACCGCGACCUCACCAAGCACCACUCCCUCAUCAAGACGGAGAUCAUGAGCGAGAUCUUACAGAAGUCCCUGCAAAUGGACGUGCAGAUCGCUUCCGAGUACUCAUCCGUGGAGAUGAUGAGGAGCAUGUUCGAAGAGUCAUGGGAAGAAACCUACCAGCGCGUGGCAAAUGAACAAGAGAUUUAUGAAGCCCAACUGCAUGACCUCCUGCAGCUGAAACAAGAAAACAGCUACCUGACCACCAUCACCAAACAGAUCGCCCCCUAUGUCCGCUCCAUCGCCAAAGUGAAGGAACGGCUGGAGCCCAGGUUGCAGGAACCAAAGGAGAAAGACGGCCAGACUGAGAACUUGCUUAACAUAUAUGAUGACAGCACGACAGUGACCACUGAUGUUCUCGACAGGACCGACCUGAGCAAUGAAAUUGCUGAAGGCCGAGAGAGGCCCACGGAAUCCAAAGCAGAAAGCUGUGCUCUCAACCUGGCCGCUGAAGACCCACCACUGAAAAGCAAAGACUGUUGCAAGAGCUGGUCAAAAGGCCAAGGAGGCAGCCCCACUGUGAGCAGCGGGGGCAGCAGGUCAGGCGGUGAAACGCCUCUAGUGUCAAAUGCGCACGGCUUCAUUAACACUGUGGAGGACUGCCUGCAGGGCUGGGCACUAAACAGCAGCAGCAACCAAAAUAAUUUAGCAUGA